GCGUCUUCGCCGUUUCCGGGUAUUACGUAGAAGGCAGGACGUUGUUGUCGUCAAGGUGAGUUUAGCUCCGUGUUGGAGCCGGCUGUGGGCGUAUGGACUGCUACCACUGCUUCUACUGCUUUUGCUGCUUCUACUAUUCGAAAGACAGCCGCGGGAAACGGCCCAACGCAAACCGAGGCGCGGCAGAGUCUCCACCGCGUACCCGAUGUGCCGCAGGGUUGAUGGAGGCUGGGAGAAGGUACACAGCUGGCAUCGUGCUGUCCAUCGUGCUGGCUCUCACCUAUUUCCUGGUCAUCUCAAAUGUGGAGCAGAGUCAGGCCAAUCAGUUCUACCAGCCACCGUUCAAAAAGGCCCCGCUGCUGGACUCACCCCGGGUCCCUGAACCUGCUUGGGAGGACCCGGGGCCAUACUAUGUUGCCUACCCGCGGAACUACCACUUUAUCCUGGGGGACACUGAGGUGUGCAAGGAGUCCACUUUCCUUGUCCUGCUGAUGGUCCCUGUGGCCCCCACAAACGUGCACGCCAGGAACAUUAUCCGCAGCUCGUGGGGACGGCGUGCAGAGGUCAGGGGUCACCUGGUGCAGACCCUGUUCUUCAUGGGGAUGCAGAGUGGCCCGGGCUCUGAACAGCUCCAGGAGAAGCUCAGGCACGAGAACCAGCAGCACCACGAUCUCAUCCAGAGCAGCUUCAUCGACAGCUACCACAACCUCACCAUCAAGACCAUGGUGAUACUGGAGUGGCUGGCCACACACUGCUCCUCCUCUGUGGCGUAUGCGGUCAAAGUGGACUCGGACAUGUUUCUGCAUGUGCCCAACCUGGUGGACCUGCUGUUGCGGCCCGACACCCCGAAAACCAACUACAUGACAGGCCUGGUGUGGUGGCACAGCCCUGUCCUCCGCAACCCGGGAAACAAGUUCUACUUGCCCCGCGAGGUGAUCGCCGAGUCCGAAUACCCCCCAUACCCGCUGGGCAUGACCUACAUCAUGUCAUUGGACCUGCCCCAAAAGAUCCUGGGCGUGUCCCGAGAGAUUAAGCCUAUCUUUAUCGAGGACGCUUACCUGGGCAUGUGUCUGAAGAGGCUGCAAAUCUCGCCCACGAACCCGCCCCAAGACGACAUGUUUCUGGUGGAUGUGCACCACCCCUUGAGCUCCUGCGCCCUCUCCAGGGUCAUAGCUACUACCACCACGAGCGUGCCCCAGAUGAUGAGCUACUGGAGGCGCAGCCAGCAGCCGCAGACGCACUGUUAGCUGGACACUGGUUUCUUCGCCUUAGUACACAAUACAUAUUCUUGGUCGACUAAAGAUACGUCCUGCGCCCUCUCCAGGGUCAUAGCUACUACCACCACGAGCGUGCCCCAGAUGAUGAGCUACUGGAGGCGCAGCCAGCAGCCGCAGACGCACUGUUAGCUGGACACUGGUUUCUUCGCCUUAGUACACAAUACAUAUUCUUGGUCGACUAAAGAUACGUCCUGUCGAUUGAUUAGUUGACUUAAAAAGAGGAUGUGGUAAAAGCUCUCAAAACUAUUGCGUAUCUCUAUGCAUCUGACCUAAACUGCAAUGACAAGACUAAACCUGCAGGAGGAGUUUAUGCAAAAACUACUAUUUAUGUAUUUGUAUAGAGACAAAUCUUCAGCUAACUCGUUAACUUCUUCUUUCUGCUGUUGUCACAUAUAAAUCCUCAUAAUCUAAGUAAAAUGAUUAGUCGAUUAAUACACAUUUUGAUCGUCCUCGACACCAUCAGACAUUGAAAGACUUGGCGACUAAGUGAGGACUACAGCCCUAUUCUGGAAGUUGCCGUGGCUCCCGUCAUUGUCAUUUGGGUUGUGUUAUUUUGCAUGGAGCUGUCAAUCUUCACUUAAGUUUUAUACAGACUACAACACCAUUUUGGAGCCUCCAACAGAAUCGGUAUAGUAUUGCCUUGUUGGCCACAUGGACAUUGAACAUUUUACACAGAUCAACCUAAUUUAAAUCAUAAAAUGCCACAACAACAAAAGUGCGGUUUAGUGCAUUCAUACACCAGUGUACACAAACACUGGGGCGUAGUGAGUUAAUUGUCUUGCCCAAGGACACAAUGGCAGCAUUCAUCUGUGGGAGCUGGAAUUGCACUGCCAACCUGUGGGCCACUGGGUUUAACUGACUCUACCAAAGAUGUUUAUGGUGAGAGUGGGAUUUGAACUGCCAACCUUCACAUCAGUGGACUGUGCUACUAUAGUCCUUAUGAUAAAAUCUUUAGCAAAAUAAAAUCACUUUUUUAUGUUUAAAACACUUUGAUACAGAAUGUAGAACGCAAUCCAACAUUUGAAUGAAAUCUAAAGUAUAGAGUUGCUGAUGCAGGUAAUUGCGUCAUGAUUGCUGUCUUCCAAUAGUGAAGCGUUGUCCCAACAUGCUUUUAGCCACUGGGUUAAAUUCUCUGGAUCCUGCAGAUUUUCUCAAACAUUUUAAUACAAUUACAAUUUUGAGACACCAUACUUUUACUCCCAUUUGGCUAUAGAAUACUAUGUGUCUAAUUACACAGUACUGAAUACCUGCAUCAAAAUGUAUUUUGUAAUGUAUUCCGUUACAUGGUCCAAUCAGAGUGCUGCAUUCUCAAUACUUUUACUUCAAGUGCCAUUAUAUUAUAGUGAAAAAAACAUAACAUAAUUGCAAACAGAUUGAUUUUUGUUUGUUAUGCAUUUAUUUAUGCCCAAUAAGAAAAUCAUACAUUGCAAGAGUGGUUUUCUUGUUUACUUUAUUCAUUACUUACGUUAUUUUACAAUUAGGUUAAAAUAUUUGAGGAGACUACUGCUACUUUUAGUCCAAUAAGAAUAGCCGGAGUAAUUUCUUGGACCUGUACUUUGUCCUUCUACUUUGAAGUAGUACCUUGCCAUUACUUGAAUACAAUUUUUGUCUACUCAAUCCAGAUUGCACAAAGCCUGAACAGAUCUACCACUCUAUACACGUUUUACGCAGAGCAGAAAGUUGUAUUUUCCAACUUUCCAAUUCUUUCAUUUGAUUAAACUUUUCUAAUAAGAAAGCAAAGUAAACAAACAUGUAGCCUUGAUGCUUCACAUUCAUUCAGCUGAAACUUCUUUUGGCUGUGGUGACUGUCUAUUAAUGUGCUUUGGUGCAAACAUAUUAAUGUUUGGUCUUAUUAUGGUGUGUGUAUAAUUGUAUAUGAAGGCAUGAAGGAAGUAGAGAAACCACUGGCCUAGAGAGGAUAGGAAGAUACAGUGCUUAAAAAACCCACUAACAACUCAACUCAAUAUUUAUAUUUAUAUAUUAAGAAUCCUAUUCAGCUCUUUUUCGUGUGCCUCUGUGUUGGCUCAGAGCAUGCUGAUCAGGCGAACCCGUCUCAGGGCGCAGGUCUCAGGCCAGAGUCUGGACUGAAGAGGGACCCAGGCCACCACCUCCUCCUGCCCCACAGUCAGACUGUUGGGGCCGACUGGGGGCACGCACAGAGGACACAGAAACAUUACAGGGGUACCUGAAGAGGGGGACACUGAAUUGGCUAGAGAAGCAGGGACUGGGUUUCCUGGAGAUGAGGGAAUUUGAUAGCUUGGGGACAGGAUGACUGACUUUGUUGGAGAUGGGGGGAUUGAGUUGCCUGGGUACGGGGGGACUAUGUUGCCUCCUGGAGAUGUGGGGACUGGGCCUGGGCUGACACACAGGAGGGGGAGUGGGCUGCCUGCAGACUGGGUGUCCCGUAUGGCUCUCUGUUCUGGGUCCCACUUGGCUCCUCUUAGCUCCAGGCCGCACAGGUACACAGCCUCUGCAGGAAGCGAUGAGGGGCUGGUAUCAUCACCGACAACCUAAGCACAAAUGCAUAAGGAAAGAGAAGAAUAAUUUGGACUAUUGCUAACUGUAGUGCACAUACUGUACAUGUGUGGGUUUGAUGAGUCUAAUGUGAAUAAAAGAUACAAUAUGUAACCUUUCUGGAAGAGAGUUUGUCGCCUGCUUGUCUCUACAGUGAUGUGAUUACUUGGCUGGGAAUGUUCCGUUUCUGCCUUGGAGCGGGUCAGUUUGGUGGGCCUCUCUCCAGCCUAGUUGAGUUUCCAUGCUCAUGUUUUCUUUAUUAAUACAAAUUUUAAUUGCAUCUGAGUCUUAGAGUUGCACCAAACUGUGUCAGGUGGGUGGACGGUCCGAGGAAGGGGUGGAACCUCCAUUGGAGUAGAUCUAAUAAAAGUGACGGCCACACCCAAUUCUGGGGCUUUUACUGGGGUUUCGGGGCUUUGUUGGGCAUCUUUAGAUUCAGAGCCACUUGUUUCUCACUGAACUGGUCUGGGUUCUCUCAAUUGGGUCUAACGAAUGAGACACCUAAUCUGUAAGCUAAAGUAAUUUCUGUUCAUACUCAACACUUCAAUAAACCUGUGGAAUC